AUGUCCUCCUCUGACGAAAAUCCACCAAGUAUUGAAAGUGUCCUUGAACAACUCCCUCUCAAUCUCCUCAAGGAAUACAUUCAAGGUAACGACAUCAAGGCUAAGAAGACUGCCAAGAAGACUGAUGCUGUGGAAGCCAUCCUCGAACACGCUCAAAAGAAGGGUGAAUCUGCCUUCAUCAAGGAAUUGGAGAAGGAUGCUUUGAAGCUCGCUUUGGAAGAAUUGUCUGGUGAUGAAAAGGUGAACACCGAGUCCAAGUCCAAAAUGACCAAAUCCUUCAAGACCUUGUUCCAAAAGGCCAAGAACAAGGAAGAAUUCUUCAACUCGUGCUCUAUUGAAUUGUUGACCAAGUUCUUGGCUGCGUUGGGCAUGGAAGAGGAUUCAUCCAAGGAGGAAAAGGCUGAAGCUGUUCAAGAAGAAAUCUUGAUCACUGGUUUGAAGAUUGGUUUCAACACCAUGAGCAAGGAAUACAUCAAUGACGUUUGUGAAGCAUUGAAGGUUGCCAAGUCUGGUAGCAAGAAGGCCUGCAUCAGUCGUAUCAUUGGUCAAGCCUAUCCACACUACUUGGAAACCACUGAAAAGGAAACCAAGGAAAGAGAGAAGAAUGAUAUUUCUCAAAUCAAGAAGGGAAUCACCUUUGAAGAAUUGUACCAAUACUAUGCUGAAGAACUCCAAGACUAUUGCAAGCAAAACGGUUUGAAGAAGACUGGAAGCAAGAAGAUUGUUUGCAAGAGAAUUCUCAAGUUCUUGGAAGGUGAUUUGGAGUCCACUCGUCCACUCAAGCCAGGAGAACGUCUCAAGAAGAAGAGAGGUGGUAAGAAGGGACAAAAGCGAAAGGGUGAGACAGAAGAAGGUAAGGAAGAAGAAAAGAAGGAAGAGGAAGGAGAGAGCAAGAAGAAGAAGACCAAGAAGUAA